GGUCCGGAUCGGCCUGCGACUGUUGUUCGGGGUCCACCUCGGCCUCCGCCCCCGCCUCGUUCGUCUCUGCUGCGUCCGGCGGCUUCUCCUGCUCGUGGUCUGCCUCCGCGGGCCAGAGGCGGAUCGAAGCAGCCCCCGACUGUUCCCGCCGCUAGUGCUACCAGGGGUUUGUCUAUUGAUGUGAGUAAAGACAAGGCAGCGACCGAGGCGGGAUACAGGGAACUGGUCAGCAGGCAAAAAACGUUGUAUGAGUCGACGCUUGCCAGGGAGAUGGAGCUCGUUGAGAAGGAGAUGUCAGAACUGAAAUGCACUCGUGGUGAGGAAGAAGAGAUGGAGGAGGAGGAGCGUCAGGAGGAUGACAAGGCCAGAGGCAAGCAGCAUACAGAGCUCAAGCUCGCGGUGGAGCAGGAGAAAAAGAAAACCAGUGAGCACGAGAUUCAGGAGGUAUGUGAGGAGAUGAUGUCGUCGACUGAUGAGGAGGACGAGGAUGAGAUGGACGGAGGCGAAUCGAGCUCCCUCAUCUCCAAGCAGCACAUCAGGAAACUCUGUGGGGAAUUGCAGGCAACCUUGUCUUACUUGAGAAUUGACAUCGAACCAGCAGCCCCGUUGGGUGAGGCGCCGCCGUCGACAAUCCACACCAUCUUAGAGCUGUUUAAAGUUUUGCGCCGCCAAAUGUCAAAGCUUAGACGGCAGCUGCUUCCUUUCAAAGAAAGGUAUGAGGAGCAGCUGGCCAGGAGGGAUUCCUACGAGGGGUUGACUGAGGAAGACAAGGCUAGGAAGAAAAUGGAGAAGGAGAAGAACUUCUUUGAUAGCUACCGUGAAGGGACCGAGUUCUCUUCCCGCCGCGUUUCCUUCGAGCAGCAAACCACACUGAGCUCCAUGUUCUUCACGCAUUGCACACCAGGAAGGCCCUUGCCCUACUAUGCUGAGACACAAGGGAUCAGCCUGCAGGUUUACUCUUUCAAGAUUGCUGAGAUCAGCAGCAACCUGCACUGGCCGCUUGAGGUGUACGGCGUCGUCGCCGCGCGAGACAACUCAGACCGCGAGCGCAACAUCAUCUUCAGUCGCCCGAGGCACGACUGCCAGAAGCUCACCUCAGCUGACCGCUUCUUGCGCUUGACUGGUCCAUCUCGGGCGAUUAUGGCACUGAGCCCAGUUGACUUUGAAGUCCAGCUGAAGCUUAAGGGUGCGACUGAGUCGGCGGACAGGGAGUUGAUGAAUCGCCGAGAUCAUUACGUUGGUAGUACUAUUGACAGCGAAGACGGUACUGAUACUGAAGAUGGUAUAGAUACUCUUACCUUCUGCAACUGCCUUAUCACAGCUGAACUGAGAGUGGAGGAAGUACAUAGUUGCAUUCAAGCCACUCUUUUGGGUGUGCGUGUCGUUGGAGGAGGUCCAUGGCCUUUUGAAUACGGAGGCCGGAUUGCUUGCUCCUCACCAGCUCACGAGGUUGUGUGCGUGGAUCUGGAUGGCAUUGCAGAGGUUGUGGAUGAUUCGUCACGCUUCCAAGUUGUGCUGCUCGAUUCUCAUGACUGUCGUCUAACAAACAGAAAGGAUCCUCAUGGCUGUGUGCGUGGGGAAAUGCCAAUUGGCAAAGCUGGUUACCUUGAUCUCACAAGACGCGUUGUUUCUGUUGAAGUGCGGAAAGAGAAUCGGCGGCAAUACAGAGAUAGCUUGAAAGUUUUUCUUCAAUCAUACUCAGAGUCUGGUGGUAUUGCUGCGCAAUCCCAUGUCAAGAUCAGGCCCAAGAUAUGCAACAUAAGUCGGCACAAUUGCGACCUUGGUGGUUCUAAGGUGGAGAUUACCAUUGCUUGGUCGGCCAUUGUCAGGACAGACCUUUGUUAGGACUGAUCUGAUUUAGUAUCAUGUUGGAUGGUGCUCUGGUGGCCUGAAUGUUAUGGAGUAGGAUAGGUACAUCUAUGUGUCUAUGUUUUCCCAGUGGCUGUUUGUUUGUUGAAGUAAUCAUCUGCUGUAUCGGUCAGCUAUGUAAGAUAUAUGUGCCAGCUACUAUUUGUGUGUCAAACAACUAUGUAGUAGGAUGCCCAGCUAUCUGUGUGUUGAACUUAUGAUCUA